GGGUGGGGUCGCGGUACCCCGUGAAGACUGCCCGCACGAGCGGUUCCUUCCGGCAACCUUGCGACAGCAGCGUGCGCGCGCGCCUUGCAGUCCGCGCUCGGCCGCCGCGACGUAUACACGCGCGCUCUGCUCUCGUUUACUGGUAAACACGUGACGAUCGCGAGUUAACAACCAUAAGGAUUUCACCACGGUGCAUGUGUACUUGUGACGGCGUCUCAGUGCUUUGAAGUGGAGGCUCGGGCCACCGGCGCCGCAGGGCCCGUGAUAGGCCCGAGCGGUGGUAUGGAGUCCCCCCAAAUGUACGAUGCGGCAGCCGCUGCGCCGCCGCCGCCGCAACCCGAUCUGAAGAAGUCGCAGGAGGAGAAACGUGCACCCUUCCCUCCUCCAGACUUAGACGAGCUCAAUGGACAGGAGAUUAGCCUCGACUUGCAACACCUCAUCGAGGACCAGUUCCGUGGGGAGGAGACAAUGGCUCUCUUCUCGGAGAUACUCCCAGGAGGUCGGUCUCCGCAACCGAGACAGAGCUUUGCUCGGACGACUCUGGCAUAUAUGCCUCAGCCUGUGCAUUCGGGAGCGUCGUACGCACCCGUCCAAUCAAAUCAAGGACACGAGCAGCAGCCACCAAUCAAGGAGGAACCUCCGGAACCACAUGACUUCAGACGAUCAGUAUCAUGUGCUCAAUACACAGGCCAGUACAAUCCUCAACCGCCUGUCGGGGUGAGUGGACCCUACGGGGGAGGGUUCACACCUUUACCACCAUUAGGGGCACCGCUUCUACCCCCGUUACUAAAGCACAAGCCAGCACCAGCGAGGCGAUCUUCUGGAAAAGUACUAGAUAAAGGCACAGAUGAGUAUAGAAGACGACGCGAACGCAAUAAUAUCGCAGUGCGGAAGUCUCGCGAAAAGGCUAAAGUGCGCUCAAGGGAGGUGGAGGAAAAAGUAAAGACGCUCCUGAGAGAAAAAGACGCACUGUUGAAGAGGCUGGAGGCGGUGACUGGGGAGUUGAGCCUUCAUAAGCAAAUGUAUGUGCAUCUGAUAAAUUUGAAUCACCCGGAGAUUACGGAACUGUGUCGUUCGAUGCUGCAGCUCGGUGCACCCCAUGCACCGGACCACACCCUUUGACCAUUGCUGGACACAAACAUCGGAUUUGCAAAUUCGGGACUAAGAAGUCCCGCAGACCCCUUCUUCGAGUUCCAGAUCUUCGCGUGAUAAGUGUUAAGUGACGUCAGCUUAAGUAACAAUAGUUAGCGAAAUUACUUCAAUGUGAUUCUACCGUUUACUUUUAUAUAAAUAUUUACGGAUAGUUUAGUAUUAAGUUGCGCAAGAUUCAAUACUGUCGAGGAUGUGAGAGGUACUGUCUUGUCAAGGAAUUUGUAUUUAGUUUGCGUCAAUUCUCCAUCUAAAAUACAAAACGAUUGACUUAGUGUUUUUUUUUAAUAAACUUAAUAAAAGCGAUUUUAAUUCUUCGAAGAGUAUAAUUUACAGGUUUUCAUUAGUAAAAUCGUAGUCAAAAUGGUGGAAAAUCUUAAUAACUAUUAUGGAGACUUCACUAACAUUAUGGGGAAGUAAGUUUCUUAAUUGAUUUCUUGAGAUUUGCAUAGAGGCCAAAAACGACAUUUUAAUCAUAAGUCAUUUGUUUUUUAAUACCCUAAAAUAUACCUACGCUACGUUUCAUUAUUGUUUACUUAGACAUAUAUUUAUUUACAGGUUUUUUUCGGAAGUGGCCACUUAAAUGCAUAUUCUCGAAUCAGGACUGUGACAACGGCACCAGCCGAUGUGCUUUCGUUCGACGUCAAUAUUGAAUCUUCUGUUAGAUGUAACAAUUAUCUGGAAUAGUGGACCCUGGUCGAAGAAGCGAUCUCAUAAAGCCUCCAGGGUUCACCUGAAGUUCACACGGUCACUGCCAUUGUUGUCUCGUAAAGGCUCUUUAUAAUUAGUGGGAUAAAGUCUAAGUUUAAUUGUAAAGGCUGGUAUAGGUAAACUCAUUACACCAGAUAGAAAACUUAAGGGUAUUCAUCCAACUAAUGAUGAAAUGAAUAUAAACAUAUCGUCAUUAUUUUUUUACUUAAAGACACUGUAAAUAUUGUUAUGAACAUGCUACUUUGAAAGAAAAUACCUAUAUUAAUUAUUAGAUAAUUCAUUUUAUUCAUGACCAUUCAUAAAUACAUAUUAAACGACUGAUAUUUUUUGUCAUCAUCAAUUUAGG